AUGGUGCGGCCUUCAGGCUCCAAAGUCCAGCUGGAUGAGCCCUUCAAGGUCGUAGCAGCGCUGAUGGAAUGGAGGAUGGCGGCGAGUAAGCUUCUCGUCAAGAGCCCAACAAUAACUUGGAGGGUGGGCUCUCCGCUCUACGCAGCGGGUGGUUCAUCUCAUGCACCCCAGAGUCCCACUACGAGCCUCAUGACAGCCAAGGUCCUCCCAUUGAAAGAUUCAAAGCUCUCUAGCACGCCGGUGCCGACAUUUGGGGCUGGUUUGAAUCUUCUGACCUUCGGUUCUCCCUGGUACAGCCCUAAGCCCAUCCACAGGACCGCAGCUCUGAGCCCAGCUACGUCCUCGGUGCAACUGUGCCCUCACUUCACCCCAUCAUUCCCUCCGGCUCUUGUCCAACUUCCAAGAGACUACGCAGGUUACCGGCCCGAAGACGAAGCCAGCAGCAGCCCGGUCUCCGGUCAACCUCAACCACAGCUGCCUCACCCUUUUAGCAGCAGAAGCGGAACGAUGAGUCCUGGCCAAGCCGGCACAUUGUCAGGUCUGGUCGUGACCUCGGCUUACAGUCCAGGAAUCUCGACUUCAAGAGACGGCGCGCAGCCUCCCCAAUUUGGAGACGUGCCGGCUCUCAUUUCCAGCUGGAACUAUGCCGGUUCGAUGCCGUCCGUCCGCGAACUCAUCCGCGAAGUCGACGCGGUCUUCGGGCCGCCCUGGGAUCGACCUGAACUGGAGCAGCCGGCCGAUCCGCGAGCAGCGCCCGGUUACGCACACGGCGAAUAUGUCCUCUGGCUCUUGCGGCAUCUUGUCUACGUGGAGAGGGCGGCCGACGGGCAGGUGGUCACGUACUACAGCAUCGGCCGGCCGGCGGUCGAGUGGCACGGGGUCCCGCCCGCGACCGACUUUGAACAGGCAAACGAGCAGCACGAGGAGGAAGUCCCGGUCGAGGACGAGCUGGCCGGGUUCCUCAGCGAUGUCCAGCCGGAAUUCCUGUUGGCGGAAAGAUGGCAACACCCCAACCCACAGCCCGAGUCACCAGAACUGCACUAG